CCAGCACGAGGAUUUUUGGGAUUUUACGAUCUAGCGGAAUUAAUACGUAGUGUUUUAACGAAUUGACGACAACUUAAAUAAAACUAAUUACGCCGGACAACAAUGGACGGAAAUUCGAUGGCAGAAAUCAAGCAGCUAAUUCGCUCGCUUGCGAUAUCAGGCGCAACCAAUGGUUUAACCGCCAAGGAUUUGGCCAGCGAUUUCAAAAAAAUGGAAGGUUUCGACUUGCCUUAUCAGCGAUUGGGCUUUCGAUCCGUUGAUCAGUUUCUGCAUUCACUUACGGAUACGGUUACGAUAAUCGGUAAUGGUCCAGCAGCACUGGUGCGGCCCGUUCUUACUGAAAGCAACAAGCACAUUCGGAAACUUGUUGAAAGUGGAAAAAACUUCAACGGAAAGCGACGUCCUAGGCAAACAUACCAAAAUCAAAGCUAUCAGCCACGAAAGAACUAUAACAAUUACAAUAAUGGUUAUAAUAACAAUUACAAUAAAAGUAAUGGGGUUUCAAAUUAUCCGAGAAGAGACAACGGCCAACCCGAAACAUGUCGUAAAGUGUUUAAUAGGGAAUAUGAUUUUUGUGAUACGACCAACGAUAACGAUGGAUCGGACAGCUCGGACAGUGCACCAGUUUUUACGAUGAAUGAAAAUAAACUGGAGCUGGUUAAUAAUAGCACCGCAAAAAAUGAAGCUCGCGAGAUCUAUCAGAAGAAAUCUCACACUAACGAUGCAAUUCCGGAUGGCCAAGGCUUGCAGAUAAUCAAUUCGUUAGAAAUUCCGAAAGACGCCAUGAGUUUAGGCGAUAAGAUCGACGAACCCAAAGUGCCCGACUCGAUGGUGCCAAAGCAGACGUUACAAAUUUUUGUCACCGAAGUGCAUAAUCCCAACCGGUUCUGGUUCCAUAUUGGUGGUUGUGUGGAAAAGAUUGACGAACUGAUGAACGACAUUGAAACGUUCUACGGACACCUUGAACGGGAAGAGUGGCGAAUGGCGGCGUCCAACGUCGUUGUGGGUAUGUACUGUGUGGCAAAGUUUCUGGGCUUGUGGCACCGGGCAAGGAUAGUAACUGAGUAUGCGCAUAACCGUGUCAAGGUGUUCUACAUCGAUUACGGAACCGUAGCGGAGCUUGAAUUGAAAGACAUUAAGUAUAUGGCAAAGUGUUUCGCCACUCUGCCCGCUCAAGCUAUGCGUGCUUCGCUGGCUUACGUUAAGCCGGUAAACCAUAAGUGGACACGGGAUUCAUCGUGGUCUCUGCUGUCGCUUGUAUACGAGAAAAUUUUGUAUGCUUACGUUGUGGACGUUGACCGAGCGAGUAAUGUUGUCGACGUGGUUCUUAUUGAUACUUCCGGGCAGCAGGAUUGUGUAAUUAAUCAGCAGCUCUUUGUGAAAGGACAUGCAAUUUGGGAGGACGAUUUACACUAUAAAGAUAAAAGCACAGAAGAUUUCCAGAAACGCAUCAAAUCGUACUGUGAAUUGUUCCCACGUUUUGAAGACAUUGAAAAUGCAAUCUACCCUGCGCUAUUGGACAUAGGAGAAUUUCAGUCGCAAGGCUUCAACUUUGACCACUACUACACUCAAGCACUACGUACAAAUUCUAAUUAUAUGCGAUACACUGAAAAGAGGACAUUUAAUAUUCAAUCCAGGAGGAUAACUCAGCAAAACACUAAACAAUUCGAUGCACCUAACUCUAAUCAGAAAUGUGAGCGACAGUUUUCGGAGGAUGUCGUGUUUCAACAGCGACCACUUUCGGCCGCUUUUGCGGAAUCGUGCGAAUCCAUUUAUGGUGUGGACAUGAGUAAAUGCACCAGCCCCGAAACAUCAGCUGUGGCAAACUACGUAAAGCGAAAGCAGGUAAGAUUCGUGGAACCAUAA